CUAGGUUGAGGAUCCCAGGCAUUAUCAGUGCCAUCUAUUGUCUCCCGGCACGCUGGGAGGAAAAACAAAAAGGGAUUUAUGAUCACCAUCAUCAUCGCCCUACAAUUUUCUUUCAUUUAAUUUAAAAAAAAUUUUAUUUUAUUUUAUUUUUUUCUUUUUCUUCUUAAUGUGGCCAGGGAGGCUCGUCUCUCCCCGUCAGUGCCAUACUGGGAUCCGGAGCCGCAGCCAAUUGUGUUAGGACUUCAGGUGCUUCUUGGCACGUAGCUAGCUGCGACCUCCUACCGUAGCGCUGGGCUUCACCUGCCGUCCCGGCCCUACCCCGCCGGCCCGAGGGAUUGCGUCCCCCACUCCCUCCCUCCCCGAAGCAGGCUCGGGAACCCGCUGCCUCUCAAAUGAACCUGUAGUCUUGCUUUGAAAAAGCUAUUUUGUAACUGUUGACUGUGAAUAGUUUCCUAAUACACCUGUUGGGACGAUCACUGAAAAAACAUGCCAUUAGAGACAUCCUUUACUUGACCAAAUACUGGGGAUUAGAAAGAGAGGUAUUUUUGAUUUUUAUCUUUUUUCCCCUGAUCAGUAUGAGCAUUGGCUUUUCACCCUUCAAGUAAAAAUGUUGAAAGCUGAGUCUUCAGGUGAAAGAACCACUCUGAGAAGUGCCUCUCCUCACAGGAAUGCAUACAGAACUGAGUUCCAGGCACUGAAAAGUACCUUUGACAAACCUAAGUCAGAUGGGGAACAGAAAACGAAAGAAGGUGAGAGCUCCCAGCAGAGCAGGGGUAGGAAAUAUGGCUCCAAUGUCAACAGAAUUAAAAAUCUAUUUAUGCAGAUGGGUAUGGAACCCAAUGAGAAUGCUGCUGUCAUGGCCAAAACAAGGGGGAAAGGUAGACCUUCCUCCCCUCAGAGAAGAAUGAAGCCCAAAGAAUUUCUGGAGAAAACAGAUGGCUCGGUUGUUAAGUUAGAGUCCUCAGUGUCUGAACGAAUUAGUAGAUUUGACACAAUGCACGAUGGCCCUUCAUAUUCUAAGUUCACAGAGACUCGAAAGAUGUUUGAGAGAAGUGUACAUGAGUCAGGACAAAAUAAUCGCUAUUCCCCAAAGAAAGAGAAAGCUGGAGGGACUGAACCACAAGAUGAGUGGGGUGGUUCCAAGUCCAACAGAGGCAGCACUGAUUCCUUGGACAGUCUUAGCUCCCGGACAGAGGCUGUCUCCCCAACUGUGAGUCAACUGAGUGCAGUAUUUGAGAACACUGAGUCCUCUGGUGCCAUCAUUUCUGAGAAGGCUGAAAACAGUGACUACUCAGUGACUGGGCAUUAUCCCCUGAAUUUACCAUCUGUUACUGUUACCAAUCUUGACACCUUCGGCCACCUUAAGGAUUCUAAUUCAUGGUCUUCUUCAAGCAAACAAGGUGUUGAUACAGAGGAGGCUCAGAAGAACAAUAUAGCUCUAGUACCAGAAGUGGCUCCUAAAAGUACUUCUCUAGCGUCAUUGCCUACUGAAGACAGACAGCCGAGCAAAGAAGCCGAGGACACCAUAGCUCAUCAAGAGACUCCAGACACAAUCGACAAAGAUUUUCCUGAAGAACCUUGUGCCGAAAGCAAGCCAAUGCCAAAAUCUGAAAUCUCCUCACCACAAAAUGAAUCUUUGAAAGAUGCUGAAGCUAAUCUGGUUGGGAGUGAGACAGCAGAGCCACAGAGGAAAGAGCUUUCAGGUGGUGAUUUUGCCUCUCCUGAUGCUUCUGCAUCUAGCUGUGGAAAGGAACUACCUGAAGAUGCAAAUAAUUUUGAGAGUUCCCAUGUGUACAUGCAUAGUGAUUAUAAUGUGUAUAGGGUGAGAUCUAGGUAUAACUCAGACUGGGGAGAGACAGGCACUGAACAGGAUGAGGAGGAAGACAGUGAUGAGAACAAUUACUAUCAGCCUGAUAUGGAAUACUCUGAAAUCGUUGGGUUACCAGAAGAAGAAGAAAUCCCAGCAAACAGAAAAAUUAAGUUUAGUUGUGCUCCAAUUAAGGUUUUUAAUACAUACUCCAAUGAAGACUAUGACAGGAGAAAUGAUGAAGUUGACCCUGUGGCUGCAUCUGCUGAGUAUGAACUUGAAAAGCGUGUAGAAAAGCUGGAACUCUUCCCAGUGGAGCUAGAGAAAGAUGAGGACGGUCUUGGUAUAAGUAUUAUCGGAAUGGGUGUUGGAGCAGAUGCUGGGCUGGAGAAGCUGGGAAUAUUUGUCAAGACAGUAACAGAAGGUGGUGCUGCUCAGAGGGAUGGCAGAAUACAAGUCAAUGACCAGAUUGUGGAAGUGGAUGGGAUCAGCUUGGUAGGUGUCACCCAGAACUUUGCUGCAACAGUUCUCCGAAACACCAAGGGCAAUGUCAGAUUUGUUAUUGGACGAGAAAAACCAGGACAAGUGAGUGAGGUUGCUCAAUUGAUAAGCCAAACGCUAGAACAAGAGCGGCGCCAGAGAGAGCUGCUGGAACAGCACUACGCCCAGUAUGACGCCGAUGAUGACGAGACAGGAGAAUAUGCCACUGAUGAGGAAGAGGAUGAGGCAGGGCCUGUUCUUCCCGGCGGUGACAUGGCCAUUGAAGUCUUUGAACUGCCUGAGAAUGAGGACAUGUUUUCUCCAUCGGACCUGGACACUACCAAGCUAAGUCACAAGUUCAAAGAGUUGCAAAUCAAACAUGCAGUUACAGAAGCAGAGAUUCAAAAAUUGAAGACCAAGCUGCAAGCGGCAGAAAAUGAGAAAGUAAGGUGGGAACUAGAAAAAAACCAGCUUCAACAGAAUAUAGAAGAGAAUAAAGAAAGAAUGUUGAAGUUAGAGAGCUACUGGAUUGAGGCUCAAACAUUAUGCCACACCGUGAAUGAACAUCUCAAAGAGACUCAAAGCCAGUAUCAGGCCUUGGAAAAGAAAUACAACAAGGCAAAGAAACUGAUCAAGGAUUUUCAGCAAAAGGAGCUUGAUUUCAUCAAAAGACAGGAAGUAGAAAGAAAGAAAAUAGAAGAAUUGGAAAAAGCUCAUCUGAUAGAAGUUCAAGGCCUUCAAGUUCGGAUCCGAGACUUGGAAGCUGAGGUGUUCCGACUACUCAAGCAAAAUGGGACUCAAGUUAACAACAACAACAACAUCUUUGAGAGGAGAACAUCUCUUGGUGAAGUCUCAAAGGGAGACACGAUGGAGAACAUGGAAGUGAAGCAGACAUCCUGUCAGGAUGGCCUAAACCAAGACUUGAAUGAAGCAGUCCCAGAGACAGAACGCCUAGAUUCAAAAGCACUGAAAACACGGGCCCAGCUCUCUGUGAAGAACAGGCGCCAGAGACCCACCAGGACUAGGCUCUAUGAUAGCGUCAGUUCCACAGAUGGGGAGGACAGUCUCGAGCGGAAGCCAUCAGACAGUCUCUAUAACCAUAUGCAUGUUACCAAAUCACUUCCGCCCAAGGGUCUGAGAACUUCUCCAAAAUCAGAUUCUGGUGUUCCACCCCUCACCCCUGAGGCUAGCCAUGUGUUAUCCCUCUCGUCUGACCACAUAGCUGAGUUUCAAGAAGGAUCACCAUGCCCAGAGAGGGGAAUUUGCUCCUCUGUCUGGGGACAUACUUCACUCUCCUCUCCUCUAAAGUCCAGUCAUGAUAUGGAAGACUCUCCUUGCCACCAUCAAGUAACCAAGAAAGCAUUACAAGUCAAAGAUGAUGCCAAAUGUCCCAAAUCACUGAAGGCAUCCAGUUCAUUGGGGAUGCAAGGAGCAAAAAUUAAGCAGAAGUUUGUGGAUCUGGGGGCACCUUUGCAAAGGAGUUCCAACAAGGGGAAGAAAUGGAAAGAGAAAGAAAAAGAAGCUAGUAGGUUUCCUGCAGGUAGCAGCAGGAUCUUCAGAGGCAGGCUGGAACACUGGAAAGCCAAGCCAUCUUGUGCAGCUCAGGCCUCCACUCGCUCCCCUUGCAUGCCUUUCUCGUGGUUUAAUGAAAGCUGGAAAGGAUCCUAUUCCUUCAGGAACUUGCCUUCAGCUACAAGUCCCCUUCAGCCUUCUCCUGAGACUGUAAAUUCAGAUAAAAAGGUGUCCAAGAAUUUUACCUUCAAUGACGAUUUCAGUCCCAGCAGUACCAGUUCAGCAGACCUGAGUGGACUGGGAGCAGAACCCAAAACCCCGGGGCUCUCUCACUCCUUAGUGCUGUCAUCAGAUGAGAGCCUGGAUAUGAUAGAUGACGAGAUCCUUGAUGAUGGACAGUCUCCCAAACACAGUCAGAGUCAGACUCGGGAUGCUCGUGAAUGGAAUGUGCAACAGGUUUCUCACUGGCUAAUGAGCCUAAAUCUGGAGCAGUAUGUGUCUGAAUUCAGUGCCCAGAACAUCACUGGGGAGCAGCUCCUGCAGUUGGAUGGAAAUAAACUUAAGGCUCUUGGAAUGACAUCAUCCCAGGAUCGAGCUCUGGUCAAAAAAAGACUGAAGGAAAUGAAGAUGUCUCUAGAGAAGGCCCGGAAAGCCCAAGAGAAAAUGGAAAAACAAAGGGAAAAGCUGAGGCGGAAGGAACAAGAGCAAUUGCAGAGGAAGUCCAGGAAGUCAGAGAAGAUGACGUCCACUGCUGCGGAGAGUGCUGGUGAGCAGUAGCCCUCGCUGUCCUUCAGUGUGGGUGCCCGAGAGAGCCCGCCUCUCCCUGCCCUGCUGUCCUCCCCGAGGUGAAGAAGGAACUAUGAUGGGGAUGAUGCCACUGUAGGCAGUUUGAAGAACCAUGUGUCGGUCGCCGGCAUGUUCUGCAAUAAUAGAAUGCACUCUGAAUUUUAACCUCCUUAAAUACCCUGAAGCCAGCUUUGGUUGAUUCACAAGUCAGAAAUAUGAUUGUGAGAGAGACAAAGUAGCUAUGUUUCUCUCUUCUGCUUAUCACAUCCUGUGUUGUGCAGGGUGUGUUGUGCUGCUUGGAGAACCAGCCUGACCCUAUCAAUGAGAUCCUAACACACCCUGCUGUUGCUAGUGGAGUACCAGGCAUUUUCAGUGGAGACUCUGAAACUGGGCCAUUGCACCUUUCUAUAUGCAGAGAACACCGGCCUUGAGAUGUGGGAUCUGCACUGGUUCCUGGGGCUGCAGAAUCUAGUGUAGUAUGUGGGAAAGGUCCCCUCAAUGCUGUGUAUAGCAAGGCAGUUCCAUGGUGGAAGUGUGGGUGCUUAGCACAUGAUUGUCUACUGAGGAAACAGCAGAUAUGCUGUUCCACUUGCUGGAAACCAGACAGAGGACAAAAGGAUGACGGUCAUUUGUUUAGAAGGAAGGAAAAGUCUUAACACAAACGUGGGUGUGUCUUGCAGUUUGUGGGGUAGCACUUAUCCUCCAGGUAUUGCUAAACAAAGCAGAAAGAGUCAAACCAUUACACAGCCGUGGGAUGCUGGGAUCUGCUGUUUACUGGACUGCACUGCACACUUGGUAGUUGAACAGCACUGACAAACACAGCACUGGUCCUUUCUCCCUGGCAAAUUGAGCAGGAAAUUGAUUUUUAAGGAAACCAACAUUUUCAGGUUUCCUCUCCUGGGGAACAUUCUGGCUGGUUUUUAACCUGCCUAUGACACAAUCGGGAACCUGUCACAUAUUUUCUAUUUAAAAUGUCCCUAGUGGGCUCAGUUAGUGUUUUAACAAAUGUACUUUUAAGAAAAAUAGAAAUAUCAGUUAGAGAAAAUUUAAAUUUGAGUAACAUUCAACCAGAGAACUAAUUUUUUUUUUUUGAGCAAACAGAAUGUUCCUAUAAAGGAGAGGUAUGAAUUAUCUUUUAGAGACAUUUUGAGUGGUUUUUCUGGACUGUUCUCUUCCAUAUACUAGAAGACUUCCAGAUACAUUAAGGCAGUACAUAGGCUUUAGCAAUGGAGGAAGUGAUGCUUACUUUAAACUUGGUAUUCAGAUUUCAGUAUUUCACCAACCUAGCUCAAGUGUGGGAGGCUGAGGCAGAAAGAGGAGAAAAUAAACAAAUCUUGAGAAAUUCCAGAUGACAACACAGGAGUUUUUAUGCUUUGCUUGCUUGCUUUUUGCUCUUCAUGCUUACCAUAUCUCGUUUUCAUGGCUUCAUUGGCUCUCACACGAAGUCAUCUACUUUUCAGUGGACAAGUUUCACAGUAGGACUUUAGGCUGGAUGAAUUCUUUACUCCACCAGGCCCUUGCCCUUGCCCCAGCCCUGUCCACAUCCUCUUGGGAAGUGUUCUGUACACAAGAGCUAGGGGAAGGCUCCUGAGUGUUGCAGGUCACAGAUAGCGUAAAGGUCCCCUGCACACCUUGUAUAUUUAACAUUGUGAUUAUCACUUUAUUAUUACUAUUAAAAUCCAUGAGUUCAAUCCAGGUGUGGUGGCACAUGCCUUUAAUCCCAGUACUCAGGAGGCAGAGGUAGGAGGAUCACUGUGAGUUUAAGGCCACCCUGAGACUACAUAGUAAAUUCCAGGUCAGCCUGGGCUAGAGUGAGGCCCUUCCUUGGAAGAAAAAAAAAAAAAAUUCAUGAUUUCUGAAAUUAUCUAAACUGAAAUUAUCUAGAAAUUUAGAAUGUCAUUCUUUGCCCAAGGUCUGUUUCCUUUUCUGGCCAGAGUACUUUCUAAGCUUCAGUCCUUUUGUACUAAGUACCAGUCAUUCCUUCAGUCCCCAGAAGCAUGGGCCCAGGAGGGGCCUUGUGCUUUGUGAUGAUCAGAGCCAUGGCCAUGUUGUUGUUUGGCAUAAUGAGCCUGCCAUGCUGCCUACAUGAGGCUACCUUCAGGUGCCUGGUCCUUUGACAAACCAGGGCCCACUCCCACCCCCAACAUGAAUGAGUUUCACAGUCCAGCAGGCCACUCCUAAUAUUAGAAGAUUGAAUUAGCAAAAAUCCGCUCACACUAAUGCUUGCUAUUAUAAAAUGUUGCCAUAUUUUGCUUUUGCUUUGGAGAAAAAAAAUAACUAACUGGAUCAAACUGGAAACUUUACUAUGUUCAUUUCAAGAGUAUAACUGGAAGGGUGAUUAUUUUAAGUUAUGUUUACAUAUGUGGUAACAUUUGAAAAUGAAUGUAUAUAUUGGAAAUAUCUGUAAGUCUCUGUGUCUGUCCAUAACUUAUGAUGAAUUAUAUUAAAUUUCUUACAUGUAUUAUUCUCCAUUAUAACUUGACUAACACUUCAGAGGUGAGAUCACUGACCAACUGACAAUGUUAAAAAUCAGAUUAUUAUUCCUUAAAGCAUUCAGUUUAAAUUCUAACCAUUUUGAUUUUUUUAAGUUAAAUUUCGAUACUUGUUGGUCCAAAUGAGUACCUUUUACAUUGCCUCUUAAAACUGAUGAAACUGUAGAAGGCAGGUGGAUCAUCCAACAAAGGAUAAAAAAGCAAACUGAUUGAUACAAGCAUGAAAACCAAGCAAAAGGCCUCAGGUCUUGUGAGCAUUCUGCUUUCCUGUUAUUUCCUUUAUGACUAUAGUGCAUGAUGAUAAUUGAGGUUCCAGUGUUCUGCACAGUUAUUGCUUUAAUGCUGGUAGUUUUCAUGUCCAUACAACUUAAUACAAAAUUGUUGUUUCAUAGACCUUAAAAGCUGCAGGUUAUUUUUUUAUUAGGAGAAAAUGAACAAAAAGGGAUUGUCUGGUUACUGUGAACCAUAUUCUAGUAAAGAGCUUACGAUAACUUUAACACUAGCCAAAGUGUUUUGGGGUACAGGUAAUGCUUGGGAGCAGGGUACUUGAUGAUGCUAAGCUGUAGACAAAGAACAGUCUAAGAGUUGUAUCUGGGCUACCUUUUCUACUAAAGGAUCUUGUGAUUUUAUUUAUUUAUUUAUUUAUUUAUUAUUAUUAUUUUUCUUAAGACCAUCUCCAUAAAGUAACUCUCAGCUGCGUAAUCUUUUCUGUUUUCCGCUUGAAUCAGAAGUGUUCUGGGAGGACAGAAACCAGACUUCAUCCAAUUCUAAUGCUCUGACAAAAUUUGUCUGUGACGUUCCAUGACAGUAAAGUUAUUUUGUGGCAAUCUGCCAGCUUUUACUAGAGAUUAUAUGGAUUUCUCAUCCCCAGCCACAUACCUUUCAAAAAUCACAAUGGUUCAUGAUUAAAACGAUGGUAGGUGCCAAUGUCAAAGUCAACUUUCAUCUGAAAAGGCAUGCCUAACUUGUGGUCUUCUGUUGUUAGGAAUGAAGGGGAAAAAGGAAAAGUGAGAACUUUAUCUGUGACCCUACAGUAUUUAUUCUGUGAUCAUAAAUACACUAGGCCCAAGUUAUGAGAUGGUGAACAAGUAGUUAGACCUAGCAACUCAGCCUUCCUGAAGGCUAGCAAUUCUCAUCUAGUUCCUAGUGCAAUGUGAUUAACUUGUGCUUGAAAAUUAUGUUGAUAAAAGGUAAAAAAAAAUGCAUUUAUACAGAUUCUGGUUCAUUUAUAAGUGUAAAAGAACAGACUACUUAAGCUGAAGGAGGAAUAUCAAUAUUUAGCAAAAGCGUUUUAGAAAAUUCUGGAGGAGGAAGUUCCACUGAUUCUGAAAGAAACAUCUAUUCUUUGGGCAUGUUGUGCCCUUUUAUUACACUAAGAGAGUUUAGAAUUAUCAAAUAACAUUGAGUAAUGAAAAACCUUCUCUAAGGAGCUAGACUUGGUGGGGGGGUUACUUCAUUUUGGGGCCAGGAGUCACUAGGAUGCAUAUCACUAGCUUCAACACCCAAAUGGAAAGCCUGCGCUCCAUGUCCUCUCUAGUCUACCUUCCAUCAAGGGUCAGCCACUACCCCUUCUGACUUGAGGCAUUUAAGGAAAGGUUCCGAAGUAACACAUCCAUGUUUUCUACAGAAAUUGUCCUCAUUAUGAUAAGCUAAAGGAAAGAGACUUUCUCAAAAGGCAGCAUUUCAAGAAAUCUGCUCAGUGAAUAACUUCUGAAAAUGAGACUGGGUGUGCUGGCAGAUUUUGUUUGCCUUCAUUUUGAGUAUUUAAAGUCUCUGGAAAUUUAGUUUUGAUCCAGAACACUUGGGAAAAUAACACCAAAAAGCACACUUCAAAAAAAUAACUUGAAGGAGCAGCAUAGAAGAGGCCUGAGAAGCCAAUAAGAAGAAAAAAAACUUACACAAUAAACUCCCCCCCUGGAAAAUGAAACCAGUUACAUUCAUGUAGAGAGGGUCCUUGGUUGUACAGGGUCUCAGUGGGCUUACUGAGAGGUUUGCUCUUCAAGGUUCACAUGUAUGUACAUGCCUAGACCAAUUUCCAGAUCCUUAGAGUCAUCAAGAAAGAACAUGAUGCUUCCCAAUCCUUUCUACCCAGCCCCAAAUCAUUAGAGAUUUAGCAACAAAGAUGAGGUAAGAAAUAAAAGAAUAGGACACAACUUCUCAAUAGUGUGCAUGCCACUUGUGUAGAUACUGAGAACUACAUAUGUGUGAAUAUAUCUCGUACCUUACGCAUACAUUUACACAAUCACAUGGCAUAAAAAUACUGUAUAUGGAAUAUGGUGAUGCUAGUUAGGACCCUGAGCUAUAAGCAUAGCCUUACUGUCACUUUUGUGUUGUGGAUACAUCAAAUGGCUCAUAGAUUUUAAGAUAUUUUCUUUAAUGUAUGUAUUCCUUUUAAAUGCAUCUAUGCUUCUAAAUGUGUGUGUGUGUGUGUAUGUGUGUGUGUGUGUGUGUGUGUGUAUAUAUAUAUAUAUAUACACACACAUACAUAAAUAUAUACAUAUAUAGGUUAAAGUUGAUUUAUUAUAUCCUCAGUAUUUGAGUAAGAUACAUUUUCUUCACGUGUUUGGUUAAUACUUCUAUGUUAAGAUUGCACUUUUUUUUUUAAGUUAGCGCUCAGAAGACAUCACUCAGCCUCAGGUAUUUCCACUGCAGCCAUGGUGUCCUGGUGUCCUCAGCUGAUAGUUCUCCUGUGCAUCAGUCACUUCCAAAAUGACAUCAUCACCAGCUGUGAUGCAUAAGUGACCAACCACGGGCUUUCUGAUGGCAGUGUUACCAUCAUAUGGCCAUUUAUUUACUUUUUGUGCCACAGCUUGUAAUGACACAAGUGUUCUCAGUGUAAAUUGUUGGAGAUGAAUACUUCCACUUCUUUCAGCUUUUUUUAUUCAUAUAUCCAGGCUUUCUGGUAAGGAUUUAAUCAUUCAUUUGUAAAAGAACAAUUGACCAUAAAUGCUUAAAAUUGCCUUUAAAAAAGAAGAGUAGAAGAAAUGUUUCACCUAGAUAACCCCUCCCACCAGCAAAUUUAGUUUGUGCUUAAUGCGGUUUCUUCAAUGUGUAUGUAUGCACUCCUUGAGAUCAUUUCAUGUCGUGACUCCUGCCUUUGUAUUCUUAACGGUGUUGCAGUGCAACCAGUCAUACACCUGCUACAUAUCAUUUGUAAUACUGGGCACCUUAAAUUGUUAAAAAAGUAAAAUAAAAUUCUGUUCUACUACAAGAAUUUGAUUUACUUCCCUUUAUUUUCAUCUCUCUUUAUAGAACACUGAAGGGAAAGAGUUGUUUGAAAAUAACUUUGAAUCUGAUAAGUAUGGUAGCAUGUUACCUGAAGUUUUAAUUUGUACAUUUUGAUGUCUUAUCCUUUGCAUGGAAGAGACAAUAGUGCCACGUCUGAAUUGUCCUCUUGUGCUUGGUGAGUUUGUACUAUUCAAAUGAAUAACUUUCCUUAUUCUUUGGUUUCCAGAGGCACUCAAAGCAUAAUAUUAUGGUGACCCUUUGUUUUCUGACCAAUCUAAAAAUACCUGUGAUUAAAUUUAAUUUGUUAGUGUAAAUAAAUUUCUUGCCAAUGAGUAUUAUUGUUGUUAGACAACGAAUGCAAUAAAAAGAAAUACAGACAUCUGUCGAAGUAUAA